CAUUGUGCUCUGUCUUCAGGAAAUCCAUCACCCAAAUGCGAUGUCACUCCGGACAAAGGACGUGAACACUACAAGGUCAAUUAAACGCAGAGCGCUGCGGACGCUAAAAGCAACGCACAUACAUAGAAUUGAGCACAACGGGGUUUUCAAAAAGUGGAGUGAGUGAAAGCACUAUGGUGAAGUAGAUGUGAUGAACGUAAAAAUUGUCCAGAUUACGUCGACUCAGAUGGAUGUUUAGGAGCUUGAGAUGCCACGUUUUGAGCGCGAGGCUGACUACAAGAGCAGACAUGGCGUAUAUUAAAGGGCUAUAAUCAUGGUUUCCCCUCCCUGCGUGAGACCACUCUGGGUGUGGGUAAUGGUGGUGGUCUGGGCCCCGGGGGCCCUGGGGAAGUGCAUCUUUGAUGAGGUCCAGUCUUCAGUCAGUGUGGUAACCACCACACCCACUCAUCAAGAGAAGCUUCGCCACAAGACUAUCCUUACCAACAGUUCCAUCUCCAGCCAACUACACAUACACUCCAACAGGUCCAAGGACCCAACUCAGCCCAGUUCCAAUCGCUCUGCACAGCUGGCGUUAUCACCAACUGCCCAAUCAGGACAAAGAGAGACGAGGAAGCUGAGAGAGCUGGCCCCGCCCCGUGACCCCACUCGGCAGCCAAUCAGGAUCCAGACCUGGGUUCCGAGAGAGAGCCCUGUCCUAUCCCAGGCUGAGAGAGAGAGGCUGGAUUCAGCCGUGAGGGAGGCUGUGCUCAUCGUGUCCAGCUUGCUGUCAGUGGACCGCAUCCCUGGUGGUUUGUGGCUCAGCAGGGACAUCAACAAGUACUGCCGGUUUACCUGGAGGAACACCAGUGCUGCAAACUACAACAGGUGUGGCAGGGCUAAUAAGAACUACAGGAUGGAGACCUGUCUAGAUGUUGUUAUCCCAGAUGACCAUCUUAGUGGCUGUGAUGUUUACCCGGAGCCUAAUUCACCAACCAAGACAGUGCUGAGGCCCGAGGGGGCGGGACUUCCUGACACUGACUUCCUGCUUUAUGUCCACACACAGAGCACGGACAAGUGCAGGGCAGAGCCCAGUGUGCUGGCCUAUGCAGUGCACUGCCAGACAGGCCCUCUGGGGAGGCCUCUGGCUGGGGUGAUGGUCAUCUGUAGAGACAGGCUGACUGGACACUCUUACAGCCACCAAGGAACUGUGCAGACAGUGAUCCACGAGCUGUUCCACAGCCUGGGGUUCUCGAAGCAGCUGUUCAGCAGCUGGACAGACUGUUCCUCCCCCCCCUGUUCCCCCCGGGGUCAGGUGACCUACGCAGACGGGACAGGCCAGGUCAGGAUCUACACCCAUUCCAUCAUCAGAGCCCUGCAGAAGCACCUGAGGUCCACUGACCCAGAGCUGGGGGGACCUCUGGAGAACCAGGAUGCAGGUCCAGGUGGUCUGUCUUCUCACUGGGAGUCCCGUGUCCUCCAGGGAUCCAUCAUGGCUUCGUCUCUGGGGGACUCCACUGUGGUCCGGGUCGACCCCGUCACCCUGGCUGCUCUGCAGGACACGGGCUGGUACUCUGCCAACCUCAGCAGAGCACAGAGCCUGGUCUGGGGACAAGGUGAAGGAGCCAUGUUUGGGUCCCUGUCCACGUGCCAUGAUAAUUCCUCCUCUUUCUUCUGCUCUGGGAGUGGAUUAGGGUGUCAUUACCUUCACUUCCACAAGGGGAAGUGCCAGACUGACCAAUACCUGGAUGGUUGCCGCGUUUACAAACCUCUGACAAAUGGAAGCGAGUGCUGGAUAGAAGAGAACGAGAGAGUGAUGGGAGAAGAGGACUGGGCUGGAGAGGUGUAUCGUUCAGACAGCCGGUGUUUCUUCUCCAAUCUGAGCAGAGAGAACACGUCCCUUCCUGUCGGUGACUCCACCGUGGGCCGCUGCUACAGACACAGGUGUGCUGGACUGAACACAUUUCAGGUCCAGGUGUCCGGGGCCGGCUGGAUGGACUGUCCAGCAGGGGGCGCCAGUAAGAUACCAGGUUACCAGGGUUUAGUGUUCUGUCCUGAAGGGAGGUUGUGUCAGUAUUCUGACCACAUCCCAGUCGCUACAGCUGACCCCUCCUCAGACCGGGUGUCCAAUGGCAGUCAUUCUAUAAUUGACCAGAACUUGACCCCUGACCUCAGUGUGACCCCUGUCCAUCCCUCUGCCGUCCCUGGGGUCAGAGGUACAGAGCCUACAGUGGCUGUGGUCCCUGGGGUCAGAGGUACAGAGCCUACAGUGUCUGUGGUGUCUGGGGUCAGAGGUACAGAGCCUACAGUGUCUGUGGUGUCUGGGGUCAGAGGUACAGAGCCUCCAGUGUCUGUGGUCCUGGGGGUCAGAGGUACAGAGCCUACAGUGUCUGUGGUCCUGGGGGUCACAGCUGCACUCUCCCUCCUGGCUGCUGUCAUGGCCGCCUACAGGAAGUACCGCUCCUCCAGAGUCAGAGUCCACGCUGCCCUACAGGCCCCCAGUGCAGCGCAGUUGCAUUUGUUGUCGAAAUUAUGA